AUGACCGCCACGGCCGUGGUCAAGGCCUCGGGACCCAACGGCCACGCCAGCGCCCUGCUUAGCCCCACGCGCAGCGCGGCGGAGGCAGGGGCCACUGACAGCACGCGCUACUCUCCUGUUUCACUGGAACUGGACCCCGCGGUGAAUAAUGGAUCAGGCAUUCCCGACAGGGAGCAGAGUGACACAAAGGAGCGAGCCUUGCAGAUCGACAGCCAGCCCGCCUGCAGCCAGCCCGGCGAGCCGCGAGGGGUCUGCUCACCCAAACACUUCCCCAGCCCCUACCUCACUAAGACUAGCAUGCAGGGGGAUGUCUACAACUUCCUAGAAAGACCUGUUGGAUUGAGAUGUUUCCUCUACCACUUCCUUGUGUUCCUAAUGGUCCUAGUGUGUCUCAUCUUCAGUGUGCUAUCCACCAUAGAGCAGUAUGCAGAAUUUGCCACUGGAACACUUUUUUGGAUGGAAAUUGUUCUGGUGGUGUUCUUUGGCACGGAGUACGUGGUGCGGCUAUGGUCCGCGGGCUGCAGGAGCAAGUAUGUGGGCAUCAAAGGACGACUGCGCUUCAUCAGGAAGCCCAUCUCCAUCAUAGAUUUGAUUGUUGUGAUCGCCUCAGUCAUUGUGCUGAGUGUGGGCUCAAAUGGACAAGUCUUCGCCACGUCAGCCAUCAGGGGGAUACGCUUCCUGCAGAUCUUGCGGAUGCUGCAUGUCGAUCGCCAGGGAGGCACAUGGAGGCUUCUGGGCUCCGUAGUCUUCAUUCAUCGACAGGAGCUGAUAACAACCCUGUAUAUUGGCUUUUUGGGCCUGAUCUUCUCUUCGUACUUUGUGUACCUGGCAGAGAAAGAUGCCGUGGAUGAGGAGGGAAGGACUGGCUUUUCAAGCUACGCUGAUGCCUUGUGGUGGGGCGUGGUGACGGUGACCACGAUAGGCUACGGAGACAAAGUUCCUCAGACGUGGAUUGGGAAGGCCAUUGCCUCCUGCUUCAGCGUCUUUGCCAUCUCCUUCUUUGCCCUUCCUGCUGGGAUCCUUGGCUCAGGCUUUGCUCUGAAGGUGCAGCAGAAGCAGAGACAGAAGCACUUCAGCCGCCAGAUUCCAGCUGCUGCCUCCCUCAUCCAGACACUAUGGCGGUGCUACGCUGCAGAGAAACAAGGAGGUUGUCCAGCUACAUGGAAGAUGUACGUGCUGACUGCCGACUACGUGCCCCCCUCAAACUCCGAAACCUCCAGCCCAGGAAACUUCAGAAAGCUGAGUAAACGCUACAAAAGGAAGCUGAGAUCUCGUGAUAAUGGCUCCUUCAGCUCAGCAGGAGACAAGCCCUUGUCCAUUCCACAGAUCACGUAUGACCACAUCGAUGACAAAGACGAGAAGAAAGACAUGCCCCUCUUCCUUGAAGAGCCCACCGGCAUCACCAGGAUGUUCAAGCAGACAGACCCGCACCACUCCUGGUCCUCUUUCACCCUGAGCUGUCCUGCCUCUCCAGUGAAGAAAAAACUGGACGGAGCCGGGGGAGACAUCACACGAACGAAUAGCCUCGUGGACGACAUUGACUUUGUCAGUGAGGACAUCUCUUUGCCUGCGGUCACUGACCCAGCUCAUCUGUUGACAAGGCCAUUGGUGGCAAAGGUCCAGGACUCAAUCUCCACACAACACUUGAACACAAGAAGACUGACCCACGCUCACAAAUCAGCCAUCAAAGUCAUCCGGCGGAUGCAGUAUUUUGUGGCUCGGCGGAAAUUUCAGCAAGCGCGGAAGCCGUACGACGUGCGGGACGUGAUCGAGCAGUAUUCCCAAGGCCACCUGAACAUGAUGGUGCGCAUCAAGGAGCUCCAGAGGAGAUUGGAUCACACGCUGGGGAAGCCAGGAAUGUUUCUGCCAGAGAAAGGCGUAGACAAAGAGUAUCACACCGUUGGAGCCAGACUGAUCAGGCUGGAGGAUAAGGUGCUGGACAUGAACCAGAAGAUGGAGGACAUCCUGAAGAUCCUGGUGGAGCACUUCAAGCCCAAGCCUGAGCUCCUGCAGAAGCCGGCACACCACAGCUCCCGCGUCACCGUCAUGAAGCACAUGGGCGUCAGCAUGGACGAGGGCCACUGACCACCCCACCCUGGACAAAACACCAUCACCCGCACCGGAGAUGACCACCCCACCCUGGACAAAACACCAUCACCCGCACCGGAGAUGACCACCCCACCCUGGACAAAACACCAUCACCCGCACCGGAGAUGAAUGUGACGGCCACAGCAGAUUGUGGGAGGAGUAGCUGGGAGUCCACCUCCAAAACCUCGAGUCUUCACCACCACCCCACCCCCCCACACACACACACACUCAAUAUCAACAAUGACCCUUGACCUGGAAAGAGAAAGCCACCAACUGGACUCUGACUCUAAUCAUUCUCUUUGAGAUUAGCAGAGGAGCCCAGAUGAAGUGUUCACCUCCAACACCUUUUCAGAGGGCAGGUCAAAAGAGCAGAGCUGUUCGUGUUCAGAACAGAAAGAGGUUACAAGAGGUCGAAUGGCAGGAUGUGGUUUCCUCUCACACCUCCUUACGUUCUCCGUUACACAGCUCAGUUAGAGUUUUAACACAACAAAUAGCCAGGCAAACAACAUCUUCAUCAUCUCAAUCCUUCUACUGUCUUUCAAUGGGGAUUUCUGAAGGGAUUGAAACAGCCAUAGUGAUUAUAAACUCAAGUCUGUGUAUUCUACUGAUGGUUUUGGCACCACUCGAGCAGAUGUAAACAGCAUAGCACUGGAUAGUCUCCCCACAUCCACAUAGGCCAUUAUUGUGGAUGUCCGCCGUGAGUUUGUUGCUACAGCUCAGGUGACAUAGAGACAGAACAGUAAAGAAUGUCCUCAGCCUCAGCCCCGACUGCAGGGGUGAAAAUGGGCUCCAGCAAGUAAUCUUCCCCUAAUUUAUGGCUACGGUUAAGCUAAUAAAAAUAGGAAAAAAGCCAUGACAGGGUUUAAUGGAGUAUUACAGGAAUACAAGUGAGGAAGACUGAGACUUAUGGUGUGUUGUGCAGUUUGUCCAGAGCUGAGUGCCAAGAUUUUCACUAGGAUAUUCAUUUAACGUUCCCCAAAGCUAAAACACUCUUAUUUUCCUUCCUAGGUCCACACUAGCAGUGUGCAAUUUGAAAUAAAUUUGCCCCAUUAAAUCCAUGAUUAUUUUUCUCACUCAUGGUAAUUAAAGUGCUGAAUUCCUGGCAAGGCUAGAUUACUGCGCGAGUGAGUAACCGAGUAGGCCUAAUGAAAAGAAAAGUUGGAAAAAUGUGUACAAUUUAAACAGUAGGCAGCAGGAGCCCGGCCUCAUCAUGAGGUAAAAAAAGGCACUGAAAUAUCAAUUUGCCAAAAAGAACAAGUCUCUGUGCGUGAGGUUGUGGUCCACAGCUUCAGUUAAUGUGUUUAUCUUCUGUUGGUGUACUGCCAGCAACAAAAAAGCACCAACAAUCACAAAGCCCCACUUUUUUUUUUUUUUUUUUUUUUGCAAUGUGUAUUUAAGUCAUAAUUAUGGACUGUACAAUCUCGAAGGCUGACAAGCCACAGAAAGGGGGUGAUUGAGGAAGAGGAGAGAGGAUUUCAACUUACCAUUUUCCUGCUUUUUCUUUUUGCUGUGGUUAAUCCCAAGGUUAGUUGUAAAUGUACCGAAAGGCAGUUGGAAGGAACCUGGUUAUUGUUUGAGAUGGGGCUCACUCCUCUGACCGUAUAUUUGUACAGUUUUGUAAGAAAUGUAAAUAGAAUGGCCAUAUUCAUUAUUACCAUGUGUUCAACAUGUACUGGUCUAUUGGGUUGUCUAGAAAUAUUUAAAAAAAUAUAUUUAUUACACUCUCAAAGGUU